AUGGCUUUGCAAUCGAGCGCUGCCUCCAGCGCAUCGCACCUCUAUCGACGAGCGCAAGCUGUGCUCGAUGCUCUCAGUCCGCACGCAGCUCCCAACGAUGCGGCAGUGUUGGACAGCGGCGCAGUGCCCUACUUCUCGUGGUCAGUUUCAACCGUCGACAAUGCCACCUUGAGCAGCUCGACACUGAAUGCAUUCAAGCGCAAGACACCAAGCGCGCUCCAGCGCCUUUGCAGGAACAAGGAAGGAUGGGGUCCCGUCUCGCAGUUUAGGGACUUGGAUCUCACACCCUGCGCUGCCGAUGCCUACCUGCUCGCCGCGCCAUCCCUCUUCUUUGCCUGCUUCGGUGAGUCAAGCGCGAACGGAUCGUCCAAAUACGCAGUCUGUCGUUGAUAGGUCUUCCAUCUUGCCUCACAGCUGCUGCCGAUCUGGCCAGGACAUCGCGCCUGCCUGCUCGAGCUUUGUCGCAGAGAUCAAAACAUCUGCUGAUAGCCAAGCAGGCCCUGCUAGGACUAUUGCUGGCUGCACAAAUCGUCACUGCUGGGCUUGACGGGCUGUACGGAGCGUGGCUGUCGGUGCAGGUGAUAGCUAGUGUCGUGCAAGCAGCGACGUAUGCCGUCUUGCUGCCUUUGAUAUCCCACACUCAUCUGCGCAAGAGGAGAGGAUCGACCAGCGCUCUGCUCUACCUCCUCUUCCACAUCUUUGCCCAAGCAGCACGCCUUCGAACCAUCAUCAUUGGAGAAGCAGCAUCGCUGCAGCACGUGAUUCCCAGAGCUGCCGUUGUUGCACUCGUCGUAUUGCUGUUUGGCCUGGAAUGCGUUGGUCCUUCGAUUGGAGCUUCGCCAAAGUUGCCACUGAAUGACGACAGCCUCGCAGCGAAUGAGAGCGCGAUCAGCAACCUCUCACAGGAAGAGGUGCAGGCGCUCAACGAAAAGAGGGAAUGCCCCGAAGUGACAGCAAACAUCUUCUCUAGGCUCGCUUUCUGGUGGAUGAACCCGAUGAUGUCGGUGAGUAGAGGCGUGAAAGUGAUGACAUAAGGACAGUUUGUUCACCAAGUAUUUGGCACCUCAUGCGCGGUCAGUUGGGAGCAAAAAAGACGCUCAAGGAGGAUGACAUGUGGUCUUUGCCGCCUGGCGAGGAUGCUGAGGGCUUGGGCCUGCGCUUCGAGCACUACUACGCCAAGCUGCGGACCAGGGAAGGCAAACCGCGCUUCUGGACUGCUUUGGGCGCCGCUUUUGGAGGCCCUUAUGCCCUCGCAGCGAUCCUCAAGGCAGCUCAAGAUACGUUGGCUUUUGCGCAACCGCAGCUGCUGCGCUACCUGCUCACCUUUGUGCAAAGCUACGGCACAGAGAGCGGCGCGCCUGCAUCUCAUGGCUUUGCCAUCAGCCUGGCCAUCUUCGUGGUCGCCGUCGUUCAGACCGCCUUCUUGCACCAGUACUUUCAGAGGUGCUUCCUCACGGGCAUGCGCGUGCGAGCAGGGCUAGUCUCCGCCAUCUUCAAGAAGUCUUUGCGCAUGAGCAAUGAGGACCGAGCGGGCAAGAGCACGGGAGAGACAAUCAACAUCAUGAGCGUCGACGCCACGCGCCUUCAGGACUUGAUGACCUAUGGCCACAUCAUCUGGAGCGCAUUUUUCCAGAUGACGCUCGCUUUCGUCUCACUCUACAACCUUUUAGGAUGGCCCUCGCUCGUUGGUGUAUCCGUCAUGGUGGUCAGCGUUCCGUUGAACACACUUCUCGCCAGGUACAUGCGCACGCUGAGCACCAAGCAAAUGAAGAUUCGCGACAGGAGGACCAAAUUCAUGAGCGAGAUUCUGAACAACAUCAAGAGCAUCAAGUUGUUUGCAUGGGAAGAAGCAUUCACCGCCAAGCUCCAUCAGAUCAGAAAUGUGGAGGAGCUGGGCUUGCUGCGGUGGGCAGGAGCCGUAUCGAGUCUGUUUCAAUUUGUCUGGACAGCCGUGCCUUUCAUCGUGUCUCUGGCCACUUUUGCGACCUACUCGGCUACUCAAUCAACACCCCUCACGGCGGACCUCAUCUUCCCCGCCUUGUCGCUCUACCAACUUCUCAGCUUCCCUCUUGCCAUGGCGGCUGGUAUCAUUUCGGCCGCAUUACAGGCAACUGUCAGCGCCAAGCGCAUCUGCGAAUUCUUGGAUGCUGGGGAACUCGACCCACAGGCUCGUCUACUCACGCUUCCUGACCAGGCUGAGCAGCUCAUUCCUGCUGCUGAAGCCAAGAAGGGCGAGCCUUUGGUCACCAUCCGCGAGGGAGAGUUCAAGUGGAGCCGCAAGCAGCCCACGCCGACUCUGCAGGACAUUGAUUUGACAGUCGGAAAAGGCGAGCUUUUGGCUGUCCUCGGCCGCGUCGGAGAUGGAAAGUCGUCCUUGCUCUCGUGCGUGCUUGGGGAAAUGUACAGGAGCGACGGGCAGGUCACUGUUCGAGGAAGAACGGCGUACUUUACUCAAGGUGGAUGGUGCAUGGGAACGUCGAUCAAGGACAACAUCUUGUGGGGUCUUCGACACGAGCCAGACUUUUACAAACGCGUAGUUGCGGCUUGCGCACUGGAGCCUGACUUUGCCGUGCUUCCCGAAGGCGAUGAGACGGAAGUAGGUGAAAAGGGCGUGUCUCUAUCCGGCGGGCAAAAAGCCCGGGUGGCUCUGGCACGCGCCGUGUAUGCGAGAGCGGACAUUUACCUCCUCGACGACCCUCUCGCUGCUGUGGAUGCCCAUGUUGGGGCGCACAUUUUCAAGCAUGUGAUCGGCCCUGAAGGUCUGCUCAAGACAAAGUGCAGAAUCCUCACCACAAAUUCGGUCACGUUUUUGCCAUUUGUCGAUCAGAUCAUUAGUCUUAGGCGCGGCACUAUCAUGGAGGAGCGCGGCUCGUACGAUGAGGUGAUGGAAAAGCGUGGAGAGCUCUUCACGCUCAUCAGCAGCCUGGGUAAGCAGUCUCAGCGUCAGCGAGAUGCUGCAAAAGCAGAUGAGAGGGCUCAUCAGGUCAAUGAAGAGGGUCAGAACGGCAAGGUGGAAGCGAACGACGCUGGAGAGAGCGUUGAUGGCACCAAGAUCAACGACACACUGCUUCGACGCAUGAGCAACGCCUCGAUCGCUAGGCCUGCUGCGCUGACGCCCGCGCAGAUCAAGAGAGAGACCGUUCGCUCGCUGCGCGAGUCGACGAAACCGCAAGAAAAUAGGGCGGAAGGUGCAGUGUCCUGGAGUGUGUACAAGAAUUACGCUUCCAGCGCCUCACUCGUCGGUGUGGGUCUUUAUAGCUCGGCGCAGGUCCUCACGCAAGUGCUGCAAGUUGGGAGAGACGUGGUACUCAAAGUCUGGGCUGGCCACCCAGGCGAAGACAAGUACUACCUGACUCUGUACGCCGUACUUGGCUUCGGGGGCGCCGCUGCCGUCUCGCUGGCACCGCUCAUUUUGACGACUUGGCUGGUCAUUGCUAGCUCUCGUCGACUGCACGAUGACCUCUUCCACGCUGUCUUGCGCGCGCCUCUGCAAUGGUUCGAAAGCACGCCUACCGGUCGGGUACUCAACCUGUUCUCGCGAGACACCAACACCAUCGACGAGGUGCUACCUCGUGUUAUCAGCGGCGCUUUCAGAACGCUCAUGGUGGCAUUUGGCGUCAUUUGCGUCGUGGUCUACUCCGUGCCGCUCUUUGUAUUUGCGGUCGUGCCCCUCGGCUGGUUCUACAUGCAGGUAAUGAAGUACUACCUGGCGACAUCGCGCGAGCUGAAGCGUCUGGACGCCGUUUCCAAGUCGCCCAUCUUUACUUGGUUCCAAGAGAGUCUGGGUGGUCUGUCCACUAUUCGUGCCUUUGGACAAGAGACUAGAUUCAUCGCUACUUCCGAGGCGCGGGUGGAUAGGAAUCAGGAAUGCUACUUCCCCGCAGUCUCGUGCAACCGAUGGCUGGCUGUUCGCAUCGAGUUUAUAGGUUCCACCAUCAUUCUCCUGUCUUCAAUGCUCGCUGUAUGGCUCUGCACCAGCGGUAAAGGCAAGAUGGACGCUGGCUUGAUGGGCCUGAUGCUGUCCCAGGUUCUCAACACUACGCAAACCUUGAACUGGCUCGUGCGAUCCCUCUCAGAAGUUGAGCAGGUGAGUACCUUGUCCCAUUACGCGCGCCGUCGAUCCGACUCUGACUCGAGUACUGCCUCUGUCUCCCAGAAUAUUGUGUCUGUGGAGCGAAUCCUUUCAUACUCGGAAGUGGAGUCCGAGGCACCCUACACAGUCUCGGAAGAUCAGCAACCGCCCGCUGACUGGCCACAGCGCGGAGAGAUUCAGCUCAAGGAUUACUCGACGCGCUACAAGCGCUCGCUGCCGCUCGUGCUCAAGAAGCUCGAUCUUACCAUCAAACCGGGCGAGAAGAUCGGUGUGGUUGGCCGCACGGGAGCGUGAGUUGGAGAGCUAUUAUAACCUCCAUUGCGCCUUGCACGCUGAUCACGACUCUCUUCUGCAGCGGCAAGAGCUCUCUAACCCUCGCGCUCUUCAGGAUCAUCGAGGCAGCCGAGGGUGGCAUUUGGAUUGACGACGUCGACUGCCGAAGCAUCGGCCUUAGAGAUCUUCGAAGGGCGCUAGCUAUCAUUCCACAAGACCCGCAGUUGUGGGAAGGCACGCUUCGCGACAAUUUGGAUCCGACUGGCGAAGCAGACGACGUGGCCUUGUGGAAAGCACUCGAUCAAGCUAGAUUGAAGGAUCACAUCAAUUCUUUGGAAGGCAGACUAGACACGCACCUCACCGAGGGCGCGAGCAACUUUAGCGCGGGUCAAAGGCAGCUCAUCUGCAUUGCCAGGGCAUUGCUACGCAACGCAAAGAUACUUUUGCUGGACGAAGCUACUUCGGCCAUCGACAUUGCGACGGACGAGCUCAUCCAGAAGCUCAUGCGCACAGAGACGAAGGGCGUCACGAUGAUCACCAUCGCUCAUCGUAUCAAUACCGUCAUCGAUGCGGAUCGCAUCCUCGUUCUCAAGGAUGGCCAAAUUGCCGAGUUUGAUGAGCCUCAGACUUUGCUUGUGAGUGGGGUCGUCAGGGACGCUGCUGCCCCGUCCGCUCUAGCUGAUGCAAGGAUCCCUUGUUGCUCAGGCAAACAAACAAAGUAUCUUCUUUGACAUGUGUAGAGAGGCUGGACUUGCACAGAUCGACGCACAGACUGACAAGUGA